CAUGAUACAAGGUUUCAGACUCUCGUGCACGUUUAUUCUGCGUGUCAAACUUGAUCUUGGCCUAGCCUAGCCUACGCGUGAACUGAACUGAAUCUGCUUGCCCUGACGAAGCUGUCAUUUACCAGGAGAUGCAACUGCCCGAUGACAGAAUCAUCAACUCAUCUGAUCAAGCAUUAAGAUUAACAAAUCGAGGGAAGAUCAAGCAAUUGCACAAGUCGGUCGAUCAAGCCCAUUAGCAGUACUAACGCAUACGCUGGCACAGUAACAUUGACAACGUACAACAGAUGAAUUUGGCUAACUUAGGGCUGCUUUUCACAAGGUGGUUGGUAUCCUCAACGUGUCCAAGAUGAUUCCUCGUGCUUGUUUUUUAGCCUGGCUGCUGACGCUUUGCAUGACCCACAGCCCUGUAUCAAGCCAGGAAGAUGGCAAUUUCCGGCUUGUGCCAUACGGCAUCAGCCUCAGUCGCCUGGAGGUCUACCACUCGGGCUCCUGGGGUCCCGUCUGUGCUGAAAACUGGGCCCUGCGUGAGUCGGUGGUGCUCUGCACUCAGAUGGGCUUUAGGUUUGUUGGCAACUGGGACCGGGCGGAUGUGGGCAGGGUGACACCUGCCAAGCUUGGCAACGUGCAGUGCCACGGGGAUGAGAGCUCCAUCCUAGAUUGUAAGCACGGCCCACUGGGCGAGAACCGAAAUUGCUCUGACGGAUUGGUGACAGUGUAUUGCACUGAGACUGUAGGUGGAACCGUCUCACUGAAGGAUGGCGAGUCAUUUUCCGAAGGUAGGGUGGAGGUCAGAUUGCAGUUCAGAAACAAGACGUUCUACUACACCAUUUGCGAUGAGGGCUGGGACUUGGCCGAUGCUGACAGGGUCUGCAGGGGCAGAGUGUACACCUAUGACUCAGCCCUUGAAGCAGUGCGAGGGUCCUACUUUGGCGAGCAUGCCGUGGGAGAGUCAGGCCUCGAUGGAAAGUUUGAUGGCUUUCUGACGUCCAGCGUGCAGUGCAACGCAUCGUAUUACAGCGUUCUCGAUUGUCCCAACUCGGGCUGGUUCACCAGGAGCUGUCCUAGCGGAAAGACUGCUGGAGUGAAAUGCAAGGAAUUUUCUGACCAGUACCAAGUCAAUCUGACGCUUGUUGAUGGGACUUCAAGAUACAACGGCUUUGUCAAAGUUGCCAUCAACAGUGUCCCGUCUGGGUCCAUCUGCGACAGCAACCGUUACUGGAGUCUGCGAGAAGGCGACGUCGUGUGUCGCUCCUUGGGAUUUGGCUAUGCCCUCAACGUCUCGGUGGUCAAAAGCAGUCUGGAGCCACGGAUCAACAACGUCCACUGCAACGGGAAUGAAAUGUCACUCUCCCAAUGCCUCAGGGGUGGGCUUUGCCCGCAGAGAGGUGAACUUGCCCCCACGGUCAACUGCAGUGGACCGCUCAAGGCUGGUUAUCAUCCUAUUGAGCUCCGUCCCAGCCAAAUUAGGUUCAGGGGUGCAGAGGGCCUCCUCCGGAUCCUGAGAAACGGUCGCUGGGGAACCGUUUGUAAUGCCAGCUGGACUCUGGAGAAUGCACGGGUGGUAUGCCGUCAGCUUGGGUACUCCUCUGUCAUUAGGCACUGGUACAGCUUCCACGGCUAUGGACCAAUCCACCUGAGUAACGUGAAAUGCGCGGGGACAGAGCCACGCUUGGACCAGUGCCAGCAUGACAGCUGGGGGGUCCACGACGGGUGUAGCCACGCAAUGGACGUGGCAGUGGAGUGUGGCUCAAUAACACUAACAGUAAAUUUCACGUUGAUCGCAGUUCUGGCAAGCAUGGCCAAGUUUGUCAGUCACCAGUGAUGGAUUGAUGAUGAACUGGGAAAACAAAGAAUGCAGGUUCAGGGUCGUGCGUUUUGCUGUCUGUAAUAAGUAGAUGUAAUGUAUUUUGAUGAUAUAAAGUUCUUGCCAUUACCCGUGUGGUUUACCGGCAUACAAUUUCUUCAAAACUGAUCAUGGUGUACAUUAUUUAUCAACCUCAUUUUUAAGUAAUUUUGGGAAAUAAUUCGUAUACGUGUAGUAAGUGCCAAAUUUGCCCGGUGUUGUGAUUGAAUUGACCUUUCUUUAUAUUUUUAUCAUUUGAGUCAGCCAACUUGUAACUCAGUUUGGAGUGCCGUUUUUUAUAAUCACAGUAAUUGGCUCAUGUGUCAAGUGGAUAAAAAACUUUAUCAGGUCUGUUUCUUUUAAUUGCCAUGACAAUGUGCAGAUUGAUCUUUUAUGGGGAGUAAUGUUUAAGCACAACUCUCAUUAAUAAUCUGUCGUGAUUCAUACAGUACUUAAAAAGGUAUGCUGUCAUAAGCAGUCAUAGAUGAAGUUGUAAGUUCUUGUUUUCUAAAGUUCUUUGAACUCUAAAGCUAAUUUUUCAACAAUGUACUUCAAUAAAUUACCAUGUGAAUCAAUAUUCUCAUACUAUCUUCAAGCAAACUUGAACUCUCUAUUCUGAUUGGUUGAUCCAUAGCAAUAAACGAUGUGAUACAUAAAUACAUAUUGUACCGUUCGUAUCAAACCCCAUGUAAUGUACUUUUCGAACUCAACGCAUUGCGUUAUUUUGAUGCUAAAAGCAAAACGAACAUCUGGAAAAUUUGCUGUAGAUUCAAAGGCGUACGUUUGCAUGCACAGGCCCCUGUAACAUCUUUAUUGCAUGUCAAAUUUGCUGGAAGAUAAAUCCUGUAAACCACGACUUCAGCCUUGUGGCAUAUGGGACACAGACGCACUACACUAUUCCACUCAUGCUCGUGUGAUAACCAAUAAUGUUGAAACUGUGACCAAUAAAUGGCAUUAUUGUAAUCAGUUUUAAGGCAUAGCAGUACGCGAUUGCAAGAAACUGUUAAGAUGUAGAUGUAAAAGUUCUUAGUUUUUCUGAAGUUUUUUUUAACUCGAAAAAGUAAUUUUCAAGAAUACACUUCUAAACUUGUCCAUAUGAAUCGCUGCUUCCAUAAUUGUCAUGACUGUGACCAAAAAUAAAACUUCUGUAUUUCAUAAACGUCAA